CCUGUGACUGGCGGAAGACCCACAGGAUGAUGUGGAAGCUGUGACUACAGCUGAGCAAAGGAACCAAGUGAAGUCAGUCCCUGGUUAUAUUGUUGUGAAGAAGAAAUGAUAAAGAAAUUUGACAAGAAGGACGAGGAGUCCGGAAGUGGCUCCAAUCCUUUUCAGCACCUUGAGAAAAGUGCCGUUUUGCAAGAGGCACGUAUUUUUAAUGAGACACCAAUAAACCCAAGAAGAUGUCUUCAUAUCCUAACAAAAAUAAUUUAUUUGCUGAACCAGGGUGAACACUUUGGAACAACUGAAGCUACAGAGGCAUUUUUUGCAAUGACCAGGCUGUUUCAAUCAAAUGAUCAAACUCUGAGAAGGAUGUGCUACUUGACAAUAAAAGAAAUGGCAAACAUUUCUGAAGAUGUGAUCAUUGUAACAAGCAGUUUGACCAAGGACAUGACUGGCAAGGAAGAUAUUUACAGGGGACCUGCAAUUCGUGCUCUCUGCCGCAUUACUGAUACAACCAUGCUUCAAGCUAUAGAAAGGUACAUGAAACAAGCAAUUGUGGAUAAAGUGCCUAGCGUUUCAAGCUCAGCAUUGGUUUCUUCUUUGCACAUGGUGAAGAUGAGUUAUGAUGUAGUUAAACGCUGGGUUAAUGAAGCACAAGAAGCUGCAUCAAGUGACAAUAUCAUGGUACAGUACCAUGCCUUGGGGCUUUUGUAUCAUCUGAGAAAAAAUGAUCGCUUAGCAGUUACAAAAAUGCUGAAUACAUUUACAAAGUCUGGCCUGAAAUCACCCUUUGCCUACUGUAUGCUGAUUCGGAUUGCCAGCCGCCUACUUGAGGAAACCGAUGGAGGACACGACAGUCCCUUGUUUGACUUUAUUGAGGGCUGUUUGCGGAACAAACAUGAAAUGGUUGUAUAUGAAGCAGCAUCUGCUAUUGUUCAUCUACCGAACUGCCGAGCACGAGAACUGGCACCAGCUGUCUCAGUUCUUCAACUCUUCUGCAGCUCCCCUAAAGCAGCACUUAGAUAUGCAGCAGUCAGGACACUCAAUAAGGUUGCAAUGAAGCAUCCAUCAGCAGUUACUGCAUGCAACUUGGACUUGGAAAACCUGAUUACUGAUUCUAACCGCAGUAUUGCUACAUUGGCAAUAACCACGUUACUGAAGACAGGCAGUGAAAGUAGCGUUGAUAGGCUAAUGAAGCAGAUAUCUUCCUUUGUAUCAGAAAUUUCAGAUGAGUUUAAGGUUGUUGUUGUACAAGCAAUCAGUGCCCUGUGUCAGAAAUACCCAAGAAAACACAGUGUGAUGAUGAAUUUCCUUUCUAAUAUGCUUCGUGAUGAUGGAGGAUUCGAGUACAAGCGUGCUAUUGUAGACUGCAUUAUUGGUUUCAUAGAGGAAAAUCCAGAGAGUAAAGAAACAGGCCUUGCCCAUCUGUGUGAAUUCAUAGAAGACUGUGAACACACUGUUCUGGCAACCCGAAUAUUGCAUCUGCUGGGAAAAGAAGGACCAAGAACACCCACUCCCUCUAAAUACAUCAGAUUUAUUUUUAACAGAGUUAUUUUGGAAAGUGAAGCUGUUCGAGCAGCUGCUGUGAGUGCUUUGGCCAAAUUUGGCGCCCAGAAUGAUGACCUCCUACCCAGUGUCCUUGUUUUGCUACAGAGGUGUAUGAUGGAUAGUGAUGAUGAGGUUCGUGACCGUGCAACAUUUUAUAUGAAUGUACUCCAGCAGAAACAAAAAGCACUCAAUGCUGCAUACAUAUUUAAUGGCCUAACUGUGUCUGUCCCAGGACUGGAAAAAUCACUGCAUCAGUAUACCCUUGAACCAUCAGAAAAGCCAUUUGAUAUGAAAUCAGUUCCUUUGGCAACUACACCCAUUAAUGAGUUGAAAACAGAACUGACUCCUAUUGUUACUACUAAAUUACCUGAGAAGGUGGCCCCCUCCCGUCAAGACAUCUAUCAAGAGCAACUUUCAGCUAUUCCAGAGUUCAAAGGGCUGGGGCCCCUAUUCAAAUCUUCUGAUCCUGUUCAGCUGACAGAGGCAGAGACAGAAUAUGUGGUUCGCUGUAUUAAACAUACUUUCACAAAUCAUAUUGUAUUUCAGUUUGAUUGCACAAACACCUUAAAUGACCAGCUUUUACAGAAAGUUAUUGUACAAAUGGAACCUUCUGAAGCAUAUGAAGUUGUCCAUUAUGUUCCAGCGGCAAAUUUACCAUACAAUCAGCCAAGCUCAUGUUACACGCUUGUUAGAUUACCUGAUGAAGAUCCUACAGCAGUAUCUUGCACAUUUAGCUGCACAAUGAAAUACCUAGUUCGUGAUUGUGAUCCAAAUACUGGAGAGCCGGAUGAAGAUGGUUAUAAUGAUGAAUAUCUGCUUGAAGAUUUGGAAGUAACUGUAGCUGACCAUAUUCAAAAAGUACUUAAACCCAACUUUGGAGCUGCAUGGGAGGAAGUAGGAGAUGACUUUGAAAAAGAAGAAACAUUUGCACUUGCUUCUGUAAAAACCCUUGAAGAGGCUAUCAAUAAUAUUAUCAGCUUCCUUGGAAUGCAGCCUUGUGAGAGGACAGAUAAAGUUCCAGAAAAUAAAAACUCACAUGUAUUGCUACUUGCAGGUGUUUUCAGAGGAGGUCAUGAUGUUUUGGUCCGCUCCAGGCUUGCCCUUGCUGAUGGAGUAACAAUGCAGGUGACUGUCCGAAGUAAAGACGAAAUACCUGUUGAUGUUAUUCUUGCUUCUGUAGGCUAAUCUCUAUUGAAUAAUAUCUUUGGAAAUUUGUUUCAUGUUGGGACUGUUAACGAGGCAGCAUCUGUAUUAAAUGAUUUUCUUGUGGCUAGUUGAGUUUCACCUUAAUUACAUUAUGACCACAUUAAACUCCAUUUCUUUUUUUUUUUUUAUUUUAUGCUUCUAUGUAAUCUACAGCAAGCUAAACCUAAAUAUUUUCUAAAGUUUAAUUCUUCACUGAAAAUAAACAUUCUAUGUUUAUGAA